AUGCGUUGGCAGGAUAACGAACAGCCCUCAGCCAACGAGGCCGUUUUUCGGUCUGCCCCAAUGACAUUGGUGCAGUUCUACGUCACUAUUGAAAUUGCACGAGACGUGGUGUUUGCUCUUGGUCUGCUGGGCCAAGUGCAUUUCAGAGAUCUUAACUCCAAGCUCACGCCGUUUCAAAGAACAUUUGUGUCAGAGUUGCGCGAUGUUGAUGCGAUGGAAAUUCAGUUUGAGUUUUUGCACAAUGCGAUGGUGAAGUAUGGAACCUUGAAAGGUGACCCUUUUGCAACCUUGAUGGCCGACAAGAGGCCUUUGCCGCCUACGUCAGAAAUAGACGAUAUCAAGUCUACAUUGGAAACAUCAUACGAAAAAAUUAAACAUUUAGAUGGCUCAUACACCUCACUUGAAGUGAAAAGAUCUCAAUUAAUCGAGAAUAGACACGUCCUCAAUCUAGUCAAUAACUUCCACAGGCGGACUGUUGACUCCGCCCAGGAUGAUGAGUUCCGUCAAUUCGAAAUCGAGGACCUCGAUGACGAAGAUGAAGAGGCCCUUUUAGGCGGCGCAAGAACGUCUUUGGAUGUUCAGGAAACGUCUGUCAACCUCGACGAGUCCGUCAUGCAUGCAAUUACUGGAACUAUUGCCAGAACCAAGAUUCCAAUUUUGCGCAAAAUUCUAUGGAGAACCCUCAGAGGUAAUCUCUACUUCAAUGACAUCCCAAUUAUAGAUGACGAUGCCGCUCUAACUGGCUCGGCAGAGCAUAUCGACAAAAAUGUGUUCAUCAUCUAUACCCAUGGUGACUAUUUGAAAUCAAGAGUUCGCCGGAUAAUCCAUUCAUUGGACGGUUUUAUCUAUGAUAAUGUUGAGGGCUCUUCGAGUUCACGUCAAGUUACCCUUUCCCAACUAAACAACAAAAUCGAGGACCUUACUAGUGUAAUCGAUUCAACGAAAUCUCAUUUGGUAUCCGAGCUUAUAUUUUUCCAAGAAAAGUAUCCUGAUUGGCAUUAUAUCAUCAAAAGAGAAAAGGCUAUCUAUGAGACUUUAAACAAAUUUGACGAGGAUAGUACUAGAAGAUGUCUUGUUGGAGAGGGAUGGAUACCGCUGGAAGAGCUCCGCUCUAUUCGUCACAGCUUAAAAGCUCUAGUCAGAUCAAAAGCACAGCAAUCAAAUAGAAAUCUGCUAGAAGCUGAGCACUCAAUAAGCUUGUCAACAGACACAUUGGCCAACACGCAAAAUGAACAACCUAGCAAUUCAUAUUUCGCUAUUGGUAGAAGUGACUAUGAUGAUAAUUCUAACAGCGAUGAUGACGAUGAUCAAGAAUUCAGCUUCGUCGCGGUUGUCAAUGAGCUUACAACCAACAGAGUCCCUCCAACUUAUCACAAAACUAACAAGUUCACCUCAGGUUUUCAGGCUAUCGUGGACACAUACGGUAUUGCUUCUUACCAAGAAGUCAACCCUGGUUUAGCGACAAUCAUCACAUUUCCCUUCAUGUUUGCAAUCAUGUUCGGAGAUUUGGGACAUGGUUUUAUUGUCUUGUUGGUGGCAUUGUUUUUCAUUGUGAACGAAACAAAGUUCAACGCCAUGCGGAAAAAGGAUGAAAUUUUCGAGAUGGCUUUUAACGGAAGAUACAUCAUUUUGUUGAUGGGAUUGUUUUCCAUGUACACUGGUCUUAUGUACAAUGAUAUUUUCUCAAAAUCGAUGACAUUAUUUGCCUCUGGAUGGAAAUGGGUAUGGCCAGAGGGCUAUGAUCCUCAUUCCGGUCCUAUAUCACUCACAGCCGUCAGAGUUUCUGGAAAAACAUAUCCCAUAGGUCUUGACUGGAUUUGGCAUGGAGCAGAAAACGGAUUGCUUUUUACGAAUUCGUACAAGAUGAAAAUGUCCAUCUUAAUGGGAUAUUGCCAUAUGAACUAUUCAUUAAUGUUCAGUCUUGUGAACUACCGCUUUUUUAAGUCGCUGGUCGAUAUCAUCGGAAAUUUUCUUCCGGGAUUCUUCUUUAUGCAAAGUAUUUUUGGCUACUUGGCAUUGACCAUUGUGUACAAAUGGUGUGUGGAUUGGUUUGGUACUAAUCGUCAACCCCCUGGUCUUCUUAAUAUGUUGAUUAACAUGUUUUUAGCGCCAGGAAGUAUAGAGGAUCCUCUUUAUAGUGGACAGAAAUUUGUGCAAAUUGUCCUUGUUCUUAUUGCUCUUUGCUGUGUGCCUUGGCUACUCUUGUAUAAGCCAAUUGUGCUCAAUAAAAAGAACAAAAGGGCUAAGAAUCUCGGCUUUGACAAUCUCAAACUGCAGCAAAAUCAUUUUGCGCAAGCACAGGAAGAGGAGCUUGCCUUCGAGCGUUUGCUCAAUAGCCAAGGUCCAGAUAAUCGUGAUGAUGAUGGAGACUUGAACGAGGGUGAUGAAAUUGACGAGCUCAGUCAAACCUUUACCUUUCCAAACGACGUUGAGCCAAUGAAUUUGAGUUCGGGACACGGCCAUGGCGAAGAAGACUUCAAUCUCAUGGAUGUUGUCAUACAUCAAGUCAUACACACGAUUGAAUUUUGUUUGAACUGUGUCUCACAUACAGCAUCGUACCUUCGUUUAUGGGCGUUGUCUUUGGCGCACGCUCAGUUGUCGAGUGUCCUUUGGACAAUGACUAUUCAAAAUGCUUUUGGAACAAAAGGGCUGCUGGGUAUCGCUAUUACAGUCUGCUUGUUUGCCAUGUGGUUUGUCUUGACGGUUUGCAUCCUUGUGUUGAUGGAAGGUACUUCCGCAAUGUUGCACUCAUUAAGAUUGCAUUGGGUCGAAGCAAUGUCUAAAUUCUUUGAGGGAGAGGGUUAUGCAUAUGAGCCUUUCUCUUUCAGCAGUAUUGAUUACUAG